GAAGUUAGUCAGAGUGGCUCAGACAGGUGAGGACGAUUGUCAAAUCCAAACUUUCAUUUCUAAGUCAAGGUGCUAUUUUUGUCCUGACAGCGAGGAUAUACGGAAAAAAACAGACGUCGUUUCUUAUUAGUGAGUCAGAAUGUUUGAACCUGCGGAGGUAAUCCUUGUCAAGGACCAGUAUAAAAUGGCCUACCACGCGCUCCGUCGUGGUUUGACAGCGGAGGAGCGGGGCAAAAAACCAGAGGCUCUGGAGUAUUACAGGAAAGGCCUCCUUCACCUGCAGCAGGGAAUUGAGGUGCCCAUCAGUGGGGAGAGGCACCAGGGAGCGGUGUGGGACUCGACCCGGCUGCUGCAGCAGAGGAUGCAGGCCACCCUCAGCACCGUGAGCCUCCACAUCACUGACCUGCACGGCACACCGCUGACCCCAGUGAGUCAGAAGGGAAAGUUGCUGAAGGAUUUGCCUCCUGAUUUUCAUCCAGUCCCGCCCCCUCACCCAAAGACUCCAUCACAGACGGGCACAAAAGCAGCCCCUGUCAGACCUCCGCUCCCCGUUGGAGUCCCCAGGCGAACACAUUCCACCCCGGCUAAAGCUCCUCCAGCCAUGGCCAACUCAGGCGACCGUCCCCCGCCGUACUCUCCUCUACCCACCAACGGUCACGGCAGCUCCGACUUCGGUCUGGCUGGAGACGGAAAGAAGAUGGGCGGCCGGGCGGGCGAGUACGGGAACGAGCUGCUGUUCAUCUCCUCGGGUGUGCAGUUGUUUUUCGUGGCGCCAAACGGACAGGUGAGCUCGCUGACCCACCCGGGCUACCUCCGGGUCAUCGCCUUCGACACGCAGCACCAGGACGUCUCCUCGGGGAGUCCACCUGCCUUUCUGGACGUGUGUAACUGGUGGUACCCGCUGACCAGAGAGACCCCAGUGCUGCUGGCUAACUCGGGCAUCUACAUGUUUCCGGACACCUUGGCCAGUGCUGCAAGAUCUUACGUGGGCAUUGUUUUGUCAUCCGAGUUGCCCGACACCAGCAAGGACAUGUUCAAAGACCUCAUGACUCAGCUCUCCGAAUUCAGGAUCCAGGGUCCAGACGGGUCAGAGGUCAUCUGCCUCAGUGAAAAAGUUCCCCUGGGUCCAUUAACGGAACAAAAUGCUUGGAAAGAAAAACCACUGCUUCCAGGGUGGAGCGAGAAAAUGGGUCAUGGAAUCUUGACGGGAGCAACGCGGCUGAGUGUAGGGCUCAUCAAAGGGGCAGAAGCCACAGAAAGAGCCAUCCAAAAGGGUGGAAUUAAAAUCCGGAGCCGCAUGACGCCAGAGGAAACACCCACUGAGGUCAAUCCUCAUGUCCACAAAGGUCUGAAUGCUGCUAAAACGGCCACUGGAGGAGCUGUGCGAGUCAGCAAGUACUUAGUGACUGGACUGAGCAACGCGAUGGGACAUGUAGCGGAGAAAAUGGCACCACAUGUAAAGAAACACGGCGCUAAACUGGUACCAGAGUCCCUGAAGUCAAGGAAAGAGGGCGAAGCUUCAAAUGUGGAUGGAGCCAAAUUCGUGGCGGCCUCCAGCAUGCAUGGUUUCUCGACUGUUUGGUCGAGCCUGGAGACUGGAGCCAAACUUGUCGGCAAAAGUCUUGCUGCGGAGACGGUCAACAGCGUGACCUAUAAAUUUAGGGGCUUAGAGAAACUGUUAAACAUGUCCAAAAACAAGUGACUUCCUGGGGACCCCUGAUCAGUAAACUAACAAUGUCUCACAGUGAUUCAAUCAUACUUCCUGUUGUGCAUCGUGUGGCUUGAAUGUUUGUCUUUCGCUGCAGCGAGCUGCCGACGCUUCUGUGCCUCAUUGGUGGUGGCUAACUGUAACUAUGCUUUAUUUCCAAUACCAUAUUAAACAUCACUGAUGUUGAGUGUGAACGCUCCAA